AUGAAAUGCCUUAAACACCCGAUGACGUGUCUCAGUGUUUGCUUUCCUCCCCUUCCAGUUAUUCAAUCGGUAACUUUCCUCCUUGUUAUCUCAUGUAACCUUUCCAGUCCAGAGUUUAUUCAAUCGUGCUUUCCCUCCUUGUUAUCUCUCGUAACCUCGAGUCCAGAAAUUAGCGGCUAUUCUCGUCCAAUGAAAUGCCCUUCUCCCGCGACGUCUGGUGUGUUUGCUUUCCUCCCCUUCGGUUAUUCAAUCAUUUCCUCCUCCUUGUUGUCUCAUUUAUUCAAUCCGUGCUUUUCCUCCCUUGUUAUCUCAUUAAACCCCCUCAGUCAGGGUGUGGCUAUUCUCGUCCAAUUAAAUGCCUUAAACUCCCAUGACGUCACAGUGUGUUUGCUUUCCUCCCCUUCAGUUAUUCAAUCCGUGCUUUUCCCUCCUUGUUAUCUCAUUUAUUCAAUCCAUUACUUUUCCUCCCUUGUUAUCUGUGUAACCCCCUCCAGUCCAGAGGUGUGUCUAUUCUCGUCAAUAAAUGCCUUAAACACCAUGACGUCACAGUGUGUUUGCUUUCCUCCCCUUCAGUUAUUCAAUCCAUGCUUUCCCUCCUUGUUAUCUCAUCAACGUCACAGUGUGUUUGCUUUCCUCCCCUUCAGUUAUUCAAUCAAGUACUUUUCCUCCUUGUUAUCUCAUGCUAACCUCCAGUCAGAGACAUUUAUUCGUCCAAUGAAAUACCUUAAACACCCGCGACGUCACAGUAUUGUUGCUUUCACUCCUUCAGUUAUUCAAUCUGCUUUUCCUCCUUGUUAUCUCGUAACGCCCUCGGUCAAAUUCGCGACUGUUCUCGUCCAGCAAAUGCGCCCAAAGCUUACCGCGGCGUCACCGGUGUGUUUGUUUCCUCCCAUUCGUUAUUUAAUCCAUUGCUUUCCUCCUUGUUAUCUCAUUUAUUUCAAUCGUGCUUUUCCCUCCUUGUUAUCUCAUGUAACCCCCUCCAGUCCAGAAGUGUGUCUAUUCUCGUCCAAUGAAAUGCCCUUAAAACCUAUGACGUCACAGUGUGUUUUGCUUUCCCCUUCAGUUAUUCAAUCCCGUGCUUUUCUCGUCCUUGUUAUCUCAUGUAACCCCCCCUCCAGUCCAGGGUGUGUCUAUUCUCGUCCAAUGGCCUCGAAUGAAACCUUAAACACCCAUGACGUCACAGGUGUUUGCUUUCCUCCCUUGUUAUUCAAUCGUGCUUUUCCCUUGUUAUCUCAUGUAACCCCCCAGUCCAGUCAGUUAUUCUAUUCUCGUCCAAUGAAAUGCCUUUUCUUACCUGUGACGUCAGUGUGUUUGCUUUCCUCCCUUCAGUUAUUCAAUCCGUGCUUUUCCCCCUUGUUAUCUCCAACCCCCUGCAGUCCAGAGUUGUUUUGCUUUCCUCCCCUUCAGUUAUUCAAUCCGUGCUUUUCCCUCCUGUUAUUAUCUCAUGUAACCCCCUCCAGUCCAGAGUGUUAUUCAAUCCGUGCUUUUCCCUCCCUUGUUAUCUCAUGUAACCCUCCAGUCAGAGGUGACUAUUCUCGUCCAAUAAAUGCCUUAAACACCAUGACGUCACAGUGUGUUUGCUUUCCUCCCCCCUUCAGUUAUUCUGUGCUUUUCCCUCCCUUGUUAUCUCAUUUAUUCAAUCCGUGCUUUUCCCUCCUUGUUAUCUCAUGUAACCCCCUCAUGUCUCAGAGGUUUUCCUCCCUCUCAGUUAUUUGUCUUUUCUCGUCAAUAGUCCAGAGGUGUGAAUGCCGUCCAAUAAACACCCAUGACGUCUCAGUGUGUUUGCUUUCUCCUCCCCUUCAGUUAUUCAAACCUGUGCUUUUCCCCUCCCUUGUUAUCUCAUGUAACCCCUCCAGUCCAGUUAUUCAAUCGUGCUUUUUCCUCCUUGUUAUCUCAUGUAACCCCUCCAGUCCAGAGGUGUGUCUAUUUCGUCCAAGGAAAUGCCUUAAACACCUGGAGAUGUCUCAGUUCGUCUGCUUCUUUCCUCCCUUCAGUUAUUCAAUCCGUGCUUUUCCCUCCCUUGUUAUCUCAUGUAACCCCUCCAGUCCAGGAGUUAUUCAAUCCGUGCUUUCCCUCCUUGUUGUCUGUGUAACCCCCUCCAGUCCAGAGUUAUUCAAUCCAUGCUUUUCCCUCCUUAUUUAUCUCAUAAACCCUCCAGUCAAGAGGUGUGACUAUUCUCGUCCAAUGAAAUGCCUUAAGCACCUGAUGACGUCACAGUUCGUUUGCUUUUCCUCCCUUCUAGUUAUUCAAUCCGUCUUUUUCCCUCCCUUGUUAUCUCAUUCCGUUUACUUUUCCUCCUUCAGUUAUUCAAUCCGUCUUUUCACUCCUUGUUAUCUCCAUGUAGCCUCCAGUCCCAGAGAGUGUAUUCUCGUCCAAUGGUACUAUACAACUCCCCUUGACGUCACAGUGUGUUUGCUUUCCUCCCCUUCAGUUAUUCAAUCCGUGCUUUUCCCUCCUGUUAUCUCAUAUAACCCCCUCCAGUCCAGAGGUGUGUCUAUUUCUCGUCAAUGA